UUCUUCAACCCUGGAGAAAUUCCUUACUUUAAAAUCUAACCCUCUUUCUCAAUCCCAUCAGAUUUUCUCUGGUAAAAAGAAAAAAAAUGAAGAACAAUAACAGCAACACAAAGCUGAUUCUUCUCCAUCCUUACAUCCAAAAACAAGGAACCUCUAAUCGUCUAUGGCUGCUUGCUUUUGUAUCAUUCUUCACCAUUGCUUUUCUUCUCACUCUUAUUUACACAAGAGAGUCAAUUUCUCUUAAGACAACCACCACUGCAACUACCAUGGUGGCCAAAAACUCUUUAGUUUCUUCUACUUUUGGCAAUACGCCAUUGCCCACAACUGUCAUCAACACUCUUCUCCAUUAUGCAUCGAGAUCAAACAAUUCUUUCCGCAUGUCGCACGCUGAGCUCAAACCCAUCUCUGAUGCGCUCCGAAAGUGCUCAUCUCCCUGUAACUUUCUCGUUUUUGGCCUCACGCAAGAAACCCUUCUGUGGAAGGCGCUGAAUCACAAUGGCCGCACAGUUUUCAUCGACGAGAACCGCUACUACGCUGCCUACUUUGAAGAGUUGCAUCCCGAGAUUGAUGUUUUCGAUGUCCAAUACACCACCAAGAUAAGUGAAACAAAAGAGCUCAUCGCCUCGGUGAAGGAACAAGUGCGAAAUGAAUGCAGGCCGGUGCAAAAUCUGUUGUUCUCAGAGUGCAAACUUGGGCUCAAUGAUUUGCCUAACCAUGUUUAUGAGGUUGAUUGGGAUGUGAUAUUGAUCGACGGGCCAAGAGGAGAAGGGCCGGGAGGGCCCGGAAGGAUGUCGCCGAUCUUCACGGCCGGAGUCCUUGCGAGGAGCAAGAAGAGUGGGAAUCCAAAGACGCAUAUUUUUGUCCAUGAUUAUUACAGGAAGGUGGAGAGAUUGUGUGGUGAUGAGUUUUUGUGCAGAGAAAAUCUGGUUGAACAUUAUGAAACACUGGCUCAUUUUGUGCUGGAGAAGAUGGAUGAGAACAGUUUUGAGUUCUGCCGCCAUAAUAAUACUGCAUCUUCAUCAUCUCGAGCUCCAUCCUCUUAGCCAUCUGGGUUAAUUUGAAGCCAUUAUCGAUCAAAAGCAGUGUCCCAGGAGGGCAUUGGUAUAAAGAGGUAAAAUCUGGUUAAUUAUUUAUCAUUCACGUGAAAUUAUUAGACAUUUUCAGGGCUUUGGUGGCGGGGAUGUAAAAAUAAUUUUUGUUUUUGGCAAAAUCAACUUGUAAUCAAUGAAUUGACAUUUGAAAAUUUCAAUUAUAAUGCAAUUGCUACAGCUUUCGGCACAAA